GUCAGAAACGUCAACUCUCAAUCUGGCAGUAACAGCAGCAGCACCAGCAGCAUCCCCACAAACAAAUAAGAGCAUUUCUCUGGCAAGUUUGUUUAACUUUUGUUGAACUAAUAAAUAAGCAGCAAUGUUCAAGUGACCAAUUUGUGAAUUAAUAACUAUACGCCUACUGUAUACCUGAAUAGGUUGGUUAAUACAACAGCAAAACUUGAGUUUAAGAGUAUGCGCGUUGGGUGGUUGAUUGGUCGGGGGGUUGGAUUGCCUUGAGAGUGGAGUGAAGAAAAAGUGCAUUCAGAAGUGAAGCUGUGUACAAGGUCACGUGUAUUGAGCCAUAUUUUGUCCUCGAGUUGCAUAAAAAGCUCUUUUCUCUAUUAAAAUUUGUUGUGGAUUUAUGUAUACCCUGUAUUUACAGGCAAAAAAGUGUGAUCUAGAAGCGAGUAUCCGACCUUCUUUCAUCACGUCUUUAGCACGGUAACGAGGCUCAGCCAUGUCAUGGGAGAGCAUCGCAACGAAAGAUCUGCUCAGCAUACCACAAAGUCACAAUUUGUCAGCAACACAUUUACUCGCGUCACCAGAUGGAUCACGAUAUUUACUGAAUAAUUCCAAUGAUCUGUGCCAAUUUGAUGAAAACUAUUCAAGAAUUGCCGGCUACGGCUCUAGCCCCGAUGCUGAUGUAGGGGGCCAUUCAUUGUGGGUGCGACACGGCUUCCCUCGUUCAGGCCAGGUUAACAACAUACUUGGUUGCUUUUGGGCAUGCCAAAGAAGCCUUCGGCAGUACAUAGCCAGACGAAAGAUUGAACGCGGCCUACGUUUAUACGAGCAGCAUAAUCAAACAGCUGCUGUUCGCACCUGGCGUAGCGCUUUGAAGAGUACUUGUCGUCGUGAGGAUUGCUUUCAGCUGUUGGGGUAUUUGUAUCAGGCGCACAUGGAUUGGGGCAAGUAUCGAGAUGCGAUUGACUUUGGGCAUCAGCAGCUGGGCAUAUCGGAAGAGCUGGACUCACCAAAUAUGAGGGCCGAAACUUAUUUAAAUUUGAGUCGCGCUCACGCCAGCUUAGGUGGACUUGAGCGAGCUUUGGCCUAUGCGCGGCACUCGCUCUACAACGAGUCUGGCACGAAGUGCCGCAGCGGGCUGGUUCAUCUAACUGUGGCAAGAGUCUAUCUGGAAAUGGGUGGAUUCUCCAGGGCCUUGGAGGGCUUGCAGGGUGCACAUAAGAUCGCCACGGCCAUUGGCGACCCAUCCCUGGAAUUGCAAGUGUAUGUGGCGCUCUCUGAGCUAUUCAGUCGUUUGCAGGAUAACGAUAAGAGUGCAACCUACGCAUCUAAAGCAUACGACCUAUCCAGAUCCCUACAGCUAGGCGAUCUCAACUCUUGCCAUCACAGAGCCGCUUUACUACGUAUGGCAGCCUCGCUGCGUAAGCAGGGUGAUUUGGGAGAUGCCCACGAUUAUUGCAUGGAAGCAACUAGAUUGUCAUUGAUUUCCGGUGAUCAGGCCACAUACACACGCAGCAUAAGAGUGAUGGGCGACAUUUACCGCAAAAAGAUGGAUAUUGAUAGGGCCUUUCGACAGUACGAGCAAGCAAUGGGAACAUCGGCUAGCUUAGGCGAUCGGAUGGGUCAGAUGGAGGCAAUGGAUGGUGCUGCCCGAUGUUUGGAAACUCUACGCUUACAGAGUAAGAUCUGCAAUUGCAGGCCCUUAGAGUUCAACACACGGCUUCUGGAAGUUGCCAGCUCCAUUGGAGCAAAGCUGUUAGUACGAAAAAUUCGAAGUCGCUUGGCACUUAUAUAUCGGGCCCUAGGCGAUGAAGAUCAGUGCAACACUCAUCUACGAUUAGCCGAUCAGACUGACGCCGCACUCGGCCUGAAUUGCGGUGCGUGUGGAGAGGUGUUUGGCAUGCAUCCGGCUAGCCUAGAAGCACUACCAUGUGCCCACAUACUCCAUACAAGAUGUGCUCAAGAAAUCUUUCGACGACGUGAUAAAAAUCUGUCGAGUCGAUCGUGUCCUGCUUGCAAUAAAUUGUUAAGCUCCCGUCUCCAGCUCUACGGGCAUAAUGAAAGCGCGUCUGAAAGCGAGAACUGCGAUGAAGAUAGCGCCCGAACCGUUGCGCUAAAUGCACAUGGCUUGAAUCUCGAUGGAUUUCUCAAUACGCUGAACUCCGAAGCGCUGCUGCCAACAAUGCAUACGUUGCCAGCUCGAUCGAUCAAUAACGACACAGCUGUUUUUUGCAAUGGCCUAAAGAAUCGUUCCGUUCCGAGCAUAGAGAAUACGGAUUUGCUGCUAACAGCGAAUGCUUCGCCAAGCGCCAUCUAUCGCAGCAAUCUGUCUUUGGCUUCCCUCAGCAUGCGCGCUUCAAAUCUAACGAUCGAUAGUGGCCGAAAUGCGACAUCUUCUGUUUAAUUUUUCCAACUGUAAACUAGUACGGAAAUAUGUGAGGUGUGAUUAGAAAGCUGACUUUGCCGUUCUACAAUCGGUUAAUAAUGAAUCCAAGUGGUAAACAUAAGCGUUCCCUAAUUUUUACAUGUACAUAUACAUGUAUACAUGUGCGUAUAUGUUCAGGAAGUCAAAAAAGUCUGUUCGGUUUGUCUUUAGGCAGUCCAAAAGAAUUAUUUUUAUAAUUUAUAUAUGUGAAAACAAAAGCAAACUGUUCAUAUUCUUGUUCGAAUAAUCAUUAUAAUCGCAAUGAUCAUCCAAAAGAAUCUAUAGGCCCUGGCUUUCGAAUUAAUUUGAAACUACGAUUUCGUGAUGACUCGUUAUCCGCCCAAUAGUCGGGAGCAGCCUGCUAAGAGCUACCCUAAGCCCUGUUCUCUUGUAAAUAUCGAACGAACAGACAGACGACACUAGUUUCAUCAACACAGAAUGAGGAUGAGAGCCUAUUUUAAAUUCAUAUGUUAAGCAUUCCAAGAAGCUACAUCAACGUUCGAUUGCUUAUAGAUUUUGAAAAUGUAAAUGGCUGUAGGCCAGGCUAGACAGACAGAGAUUCCAGUACCUAUAUCAAAGAAACCAAAGAAGACAGAGAUGAAUAGCGUGUUGCAGUUUAGUUAACAGUUCGCUAACGUUUAAAAUAUAAAUACAAUUAAAAUCAUAUUUCUAUUUAAAAGAUAUUAUUGUUAAAAAAGAAAAAGAAAUCCGGAAUCAAUAUACCUAGAAGUUUGAAUUUUCCAAAAUGAAAAUCGACCUGUGGAAAAACAUUCGGACUAUUUGAAAUAAAAUAAAAGCAAAGCGAUAAUUAUCCAACUAGUUUUAGGAGCUUAUACUCACAAUACGACCUAGACACACAAGUAUAUAUUAUUGAAAUUUGUAGCUUCAAGAUCAAAACGGGAUACUGCACGAAAUAUAUAUUUUCACGUUUAAAAGAAUGAUCAAUGUCAAGAAAUCGAUAAUGUAUUCAAUUGGUAAUUUGGAAGAUUUUAAAUAUUAUUUUAAAUUAUAUAUAAAUGCACAACUAAGUAACUAAGUGAUUAUUAUAGUUAGUACAGAUUUCAGAUUAUAUAUAUAUAUAAUGUCAAUCACUGAUCAAAUCAAUUGUACUUGCUGUAAAGUAAUUGUUAAAUCUGUUAAAUAUAUACAUAUAGUUUUAACAUAAAA